AAUUUUAUCAAUACCACGGUUAUCUAGUCCGCCGCAGGCAGAGUUGCUCGCGAAAUCUACGGGCUCGACGUCCGACGACGACGAGGACGACGAGGACGACGACGACGACGACGACGCCGACGACGAAGACAACGACGGGGUGGCAAAGGCUUGAAAAUAGCCGUGUGAAGUAGAAAAAAGGACAGGAGCGAAAUAAAACGAAUAUGGCCACCGAAGGCGGUCUGAGGCCAAAUGUCGGGGGUGCUGACCCGGGUGCGGGUGCAGGUGCGGAUGCAAGUGCGGGAACCGAUGCAAUCGUCGGUGGGCCCAGGACGCCUCAACAAAUCGCCUCGCAAAAGCGACUGCAGGCGACGCAGGCGCAGGUAGACGAGGUUGUCGACAUUAUGAAGACGAAUGUAGAAAAAGUACUCGAACGUGAUCAAAAGCUCUCCGAGCUCGAUGACCGAGCAGACGCACUCCAGCAAGGAGCGUCGCAGUUUGAACAACAAGCAGGAAAACUGAAAAGGAAGUUUUGGCUACAAAAUUUAAAGAUGAUGAUCAUCAUGGGCGUCAUCGCACUCAUUAUAUUGAUUAUUAUAGUUGCAAAAUUCAUGCCAGAAUCACCGCCACCGCCGCCACCUGCAUACGCUUAUCCACCGGCUCCCCCGCCAGGUGCACCAGUAGCAGCUGCUCCUGCCGCUGGUGCAGGAGGUGCAACUGCUGCAGGGGGUGCUUCCGCAUCCCAAACUGCCGCUGCUGCCUUCGUUGGCUCCAUCGAUGGUAAACUUAGUAUGAUUUAAACAAAAGCAGCUCCCUCCGUUACGAUCUUUAAAUGAAAUUAAAGCAACGGAAAAGAAACAUAACAAUAAACAAACAAAAAUGAUCCUCUAAAGAUGAUCGAUCGAUCUACAUUUAAGGAAGGUAAAAAUUAACAAUAACAUGCGAUGAGAGAGCGCACGCAUCGCCAAUUAAUUAAAAGAUUACUAUUUCUCCUCAACUUGGAUUUCUUUUCAUCGUGCAAAAGAUCAAUAUACAAUUCUUCACUUUUGCUAGACGGAAAAUAAGAUAAAAGUAGAGAAAAUAAAUAAAACGAAAAAGAGGGAAACAAUUUCUAUUUGAAAUUGUAAAUAUCCAAGUUUGCCCUUAAAUGGCUCGAUAUUAAUAUUUUCAAGAAAAUAGUAUCGGUUUGUGUAGGUGAACAAGUUAUACGAUCCAAUUAUUUCUAUGUACUUAUAUAUGAUUAUGAGAAACGAGUAAUAAUACGAAAGCUCCAAAUGUGCUCUCCUACGUAUGAAUAGUAGUAUUCCUAUCCAUAUGCAUCCACAGUAUCAAGGAGUAUGAGAACAAAAAA